AUGGCCAGCUGGGUGUUCUGUAACUACUGCUUCCAGUCGCCUAGAAGGACAUCGUCCUUCAGCCUGACCAGCUGUGGGCACGUGUACUGUGACGCCUGCCUCGGCAAAGGUAAAAAGGAUGAAUGCUUGAUUUGUAAAGUUCCUUGCCGUACAGUUUUGCUCUCAAAACAUACCGACUCGGACAUACAGGCUUUCUUCAUGGGCAUUGACGGACUCUGCAGGAAGUACUCCCAGGAGACCGCCCAGGUUUCAGAAUUUCAAGAAAAACACAGGAAGAGAUUGUUAGCCUUCUAUAGAGCAAAGAUCUCUCAGUUGGAAGAGUCCCUCAGGAAGUCAGCACUGCAGGUGGAGCAGCUGCAAAGUAUGAGAUCGUCACAGCACACAGCUUUCAGCACAACAAAGAAUUCCAUUUCAACAAAGCCACGUGGAUGCCAGCUGCUGCCACCUCACUCCUCAGCCCCUGACAGAGUGGAGUCGAUGGAAGUUGACCUUUCUCCUUCCCCAAUGAGAAAACCUGAAGUAGCAGCUGGUCCCACAAGAAUCUCUUUGAUUAGUCCACCUCAGGGUGGACGCAUGGGCAGCGUCUCCUACCCAGGCCCUCCACAUCCCAGCCUGACACCCAGACAAGUGGGCAUGGCAGCGGCUCUCAGGGUCCCACCAGUGCAGAUGCCCUGCAAGGGAGCUCCGCCAGCUCCAGCGUCCUGGCGACCAGGCAGAGCGGCGCCAGGCGGCUCCCCCGUCGGCGGUGUUGCCCAGGCCCGGCCCCCCCGGCCGCCCAUCAGCAUCUCUGGCCUGCUGCAGAGACAGUGCCUAGCUCUUGCUCUUCAGCCGCCCCAGCACGUGCGCUCCACGGUGACCGUGCAGUUCUUUCUGGAUGCGGUGAUUAAGUAG